AUUUCCGCCAUGCUGCUAAAAUAAGUGGGCACGCCGUGCGCGCGUGCGUGCGUUCGAGCGGCGGCGCGCGCGCGGCAACUCCCGCACCCGCUCCGAACCUUCUCCCUCCUCACGAAGCUCACCGCGAAGCCGGCAAAAUCCUCCCGGAGAGAGAGACACAAACACAACACAACCAGCUCCCCCGCGCCCCGCGUGCGAUCGAUCACGAUCGAUCUCAUCCCUCUCGAUCGCCUACUACUACCAGUACAAAUCCACCCCGCCACCACUACAUCAUCCCCUCAUAUCCAUGCAGAUUUAGCGCCAAUCCUUAUAAAUACGGAGCUUUCGCGCCGGCCUCGUACUCGGCCAUGGCGGCAGUCGGCGCGCACGCAGCGGUCUACCACCACCCGGUCUCGGGCCUCUCGGCGCCGGCGGGCGACGCCGCCUACUCGAUGUCAUCGUACUUCUCCCACGGGGGAAGCUCGACCUCCAGCUCCGCGUCCAGCUUCUCCGCCGCCCUCGCCGCCGCAACGACGCCGCCGCUUCCCGACCCGUCGGGGUCGCAGUUCGACAUCUCCGAGUUCUUCUUCGACGACGCGCCUCCGGCCGCCGUGUUCAAUGGCGCGCCCACCGCCGCGCUGCCGGAUGGCGCCGCCGCAAACGCAACAAGGAGCGCGGCGGAGGCGGUGCCGGCGCCGGCGCCGGCGGCCGUGGAGAGGCCGCGGACGGAGCGGAUCGCGUUCCGGACGAAGUCAGAGAUCGAGAUUCUUGACGACGGCUACAAGUGGCGCAAGUACGGCAAGAAGUCCGUCAAGAACAGCCCCAACCCAAGGAACUACUACCGGUGCUCGACGGAAGGGUGCAACGUGAAGAAGAGGGUGGAGCGGGACAAGGACGACCCGAGCUACGUGGUGACGACGUACGAGGGGACGCACAACCACGUGAGCCCCAGCACGGUGUACUACGCCAGCCAGGACGCCGCCUCCGGCCGCUUCUUCGUCGCCGGCACGCAGCCGCCAGGUUCUCUCAAUUAACCGCGCGCGUACGGUUAAUUUGAUCGAUCGGGUCAGCCAUGGGACUUUUCCAAUGCUAGCUAGCUAAUAGUGUAGGUGUUCUGGGCCGGAUUCUUGAUCGAGAUAGCAGCCUCUUGAUUGAGAUGCCCAGAUGGGUCAUUUUGGAUGUAGCUGGAUCUUUUUUUCCCCUUUUCUUCUCUCGAUCUCUGUCCCGUCCUUUUUGCCUGUUUCGAUCAUUGGAAGGCCGGGCCGGCCUGGCUGGUUUGCAGCGAUAGUGAUCAAAUGCUGUGCUGCUGUGUUUCUGUGCUCUUGAGGAUCCUCCCAACUAUCCCCCUUGAGCCUAGGUAAUAUAGCCAUGGGAAAUGUAACAUAUAUAUACUGUUUAACCGUGCAAUAAAAAUGUACAGAGCUUGAAAUUUUGGUUGUAUGUUAUGAAGGACUUUUAAAUAUUC